CGUGUAUUUGUGUGUAUGUGUGUGUAUGUAUGUGUGUAUUUGUGUGUAUGUGUGUGUAUUUGUGUAUGUGUGUGUAUUUGUGUGUGUAUUUGUGUGUAUGUGUGUAUUUGUAUUUGUGUGUGUAUGUGUGUGUAUUUGUGUGUGUAUGUGUGUAUUUGUGUGUAUGUGUGUAUUUGUGUGUGUGUAUGUGUGUGUAUUUGUGUGUGUGUAUUUGUGUGUGUGUGUAUUUGUGUGUAUGUGUGUAUGUGUGUGUAUUUGUGUGUAUGUGUGUGUAUUUGUGUGUGUAUGUGUGUGUGUUUGUAUGUGUGUGUAUGUGUGUGUAUUUGUGUGUAUUUGUGUGUGUGUGUAUUUGUGUGUGUGUAUGUGCGUGUAUUUGUGUGUGUAUGUGUGUGUAUGUGUGUAUUUGUGUGUGUGUAUUUGUGUGUAUUUGUGUGUAUGUGUGUGUAUUUGUGUGUGUAUGUGCGUGUAUUUGUGUGUGUAUGUGUGUGUAUUUGUGUGUGUGUAUUUGUGUGUAUGUGUGUGUAUUUGUGUGUGUAUUUGUGUGUAUGUGUGUGUAUUUGUGUGUGUAUGUGUGUGUAUUUGUGUGUAUGUGUGUGUAUUUGUGUGUGUAUGUGUGUGUAUUUGUGUGUGUAUGUGUGUGUGUGUAUUUGUGUGUGUGUAUUUGUGUGUGUAUGUGUGUGUAUGUGUGUGUAUUUGUGUGUGUAUGUGUGUGUAUUUGUGUGUAUUUGUGUGUGUGUGUGUGUAUUUGUGUGUGUGUAUGUGUGUGUAUGUGUGUGUAUUUGUGUGUAUGUGUGUGUAUUUGUGUGUGUGUAUUUGUGUGUAUGUGUGUGUAUUUGUGUGUGUAUGUGCGUGUAUUUGUGUGUAUGUGUGUGUAUUUGUGUGUGUGUAUUUGUGUGUGUAUUUGUGUGUAUGUGUGUGUAUUUGUGUGUAUUUGUGUGUGUGUAUUUGUGUGUGUGUAUUUGUGUGUGUAUUUGUGUGUAUUUGUGUGUAUUUGUGUGUGUAUGUGUGUGUAUUUGUGUGUGCGUGCAUUUUUCCUCAGUGUCUCUGAGAUUCAACCAUGUUGUUAUGGGUAGUAGUAAUGUAUUGAUUAUUGUUACUGGAUUGUAUUAAAUGACAUCAAUACUCCACAGUGGAGGUUCUCUUUCCGCGCUGGUGGGCACUCGGGUGGCUUCUAGAUUUGGGGCCUUAGGAACGAAGCUACAGGGGCAUCUUUUCUUCAGGUGCCUGUGUUUCUGUUGGGCCCAUCUUUAGAGUGGGGCUGCCGGGUAUUAGGUCACGCGUGUAUGAAGUUCCUGUUUUCCCUGCACUGGCGAUGGCCGGGCACGGGGGCGGGCGUUGGGAAGGUGCCCUUCACCCUCCGUUUUGCCAGCCUGGCUUCUGCUGGGUCGAAUGUGCCCGGGUGUGAGUCUGUUUCUAGACUCUAUCCUUUCCCAUCAGUCUGUCAGUUCUGCAACGGCCACAGAAGUCUCCACACACAGCCCACCCUUGCCUCUUCCCCCACCUCAUUCUUCUUCAAGAAGGUCCUGGCUGCCCACGGUCCUCUGCAUUUUCUGCCCCACCUGGAAGCAGCAUGUCAUGUGCCCCGGAGUAUGGCUGGGGUUGCGCUGACCCUGCACAGCUUCCUCACCCGUGAACAUGCAUCUCCUUCCACGUGUUCAGAUUACCGUCGUGUUCUCCCGAUGAUAUUUUGUAGUUUUCUGUGAAAAGGCCUUAUGCAUCUUUUAUUAUGUUUAGCAUGAAUAUCUGAUAUUUUGUGGUGCUACGGUAGAUUCUAUCUUUGCAAAGCACUUAUUUUCUGUUUAGUGCUGGCCUAUAAAGUUGGUUUUUGUAUAAUGACCUUGUAUCUGGCAACUUUGCUAAACCUGCUUAUUAAUUCUGAUCUUCGCAUUGCUUUGGAUUUUCCAUGUAAGCAACCAUAUCAUCUGAGAAUAAUGUUAGGCUGACUUCUUCAUUACUAAUCCUUCUCAUGUUUCUUUCUUCCUCCUCCUCACUGUCCCUGCCAGGGCCUCCUGAACAACAGGAAAUAGCAGGUGUAGCGAUCGUCCACUCUGCUGAGUUCCCAGUGGGAGAGAAGGCCAGCUUUCCAUUUCACCAUUAAGUGUAAUUUUGCUUCAGGUUUUUGUAACUCCCUUUAGCAGAUAAUAAUUAAGUCUCCUUUUGCUAAUUUGCCAAGUGUUCUAUUAAAUCACAAAUAGGCGCUGAAUUUUAUCAAAUGUGUUUUCUGCAUCUACUAAGAUGAUUAUGUGACUUUCCCUCAUAUUCUGAUAAUGUGUUAGAUUACAUGGGUAAAUGUUUGAUGUUGAACUAAUUUUGCAUUCCUUCCAUCUGAUUGUGAUAUAGGGUCUUUACUCAAUAUGCUGGAUUUGGUUGACUAAUAUUUUGUGUAAGAACUUUUGCAUUUAUUUUCAUCGGCCAGUGAUGUGUCUUUCUUAUAAUGUCCCUGUUAGCUCAUUCGUGGACUCCAGGGACGCACGUGUGAUAGAUCUGCCCAGCUCGUCCCAGCAUUCGUGGACUCCAGGGACGCACAUGUGAUAGAUCUGCCCAGCUCGUCCCAGCAUUCGUGGACUCCAGGGACGCACGUGUGAUAGAUCUGCCCAGCUCGUCCCAGCAUUCGUGGACUCCAGGGACACACGUGUGAUGGAUCCACCCAGCUUGUCCCCGCAUUCGUGGACUCCAGGGACGCCCGUGUGAUAGAUCUGCCCAGUCUGUGUCUGCAUGCAUGGACUCCAGGGACACAUGUGUGCUAGAUCCACUCAGCUUGUCCCGGCAUUCGUGGACUCCAGGGACACACGUGUGAUGGAUCUGCAUGCGCUCCACUGUGUGUCUUUUGCCCUCUAUUCUUUUAUUCUGGAUGUUUUCAGAUGGUCCAUCUUCCAGUUCACAAACUCUCUUUAUGGCUAAUCUACCA